UUAAGAGGGCAGUUGGUUUUCACUCGAAAUCAGGAGGGCUCUGGUUUUUCUUGUAUUUCAGAGUGUAUCGGUGGAGUUAGAAUCUCUAUUUGGAACAAGUUAAAGAGGUCGUGUGCGCGCGAUUCUGGAAGUGGUUCUGUUUUGAGGGUUAUAUGUGUUUAUGCACGGGGAAUCAGAUUUAUAUGUCUUCAGGUAGAGAUCGACUUCCCGGUGCCUGAUAGACUGCCUUUGUCUGCGGAAGCUUCAUUAUCGAUUGCCAGAGUCAUGCCACCACGUACUGGUAGACGACGCCGGCAGAAUCAGGACGGGAUGCAAGGUCCUACCCAAGGUCCAUCUGUAGGGGAAUCUAGUACGCUAGGAGUUCGAGGUGGUGCAGGAAACGAGCAGUUUGCGAGAACAACACAGGAAAUAGGAAGGCCAGAUAGAGCAGAGCCUAGUGAUCCAGAAAAGGCAUACGGAAUUGAACGGCUGAAGAAGUUAGGGGCUACAGUGUUUGAAGGUUCCACAGAUCCAGCUGAUGCAGAGAACUGGUUGAAUAUGCUUGAAAAGUGUUUUGAUGUGAUGAAUUGUCCUGAGGAGCGAAAGGUUAGAUUGGCCACAUUUUUGUUGCAAAAAGAGGCUGAAGGAUGGUGGAAAUCUAUAUUAGCAAGACGCAGUGAUGCACGUGCUUUAGACUGGCAGACUUUUAGAGGCAUAUUCGAAGAUAAGUAUUAUCCCAUCACAUACUGCGAAGCCAAGAGAGAUGAAUUUCUGGGGUUGAAACAAGGAUCACUUUCAGUUGCUGAGUAUGAGAGGAAGUAUACCGAGCUUUCACGGUAUGCUGACGUUAUUAUAGCUUCUGAGAGUGACAGGUGCCGAAGGUUUGAAAGAGGGUUGCGUUUUGAAAUACGUACCCCAGUUACAGCCAUUGCUAAGUGGACAAAUUUCUCUCAGUUAGUGGAGACUGCCCUUCAUGUGGAGCAGAGUAUAACAGAAGAGAAAUCGGCAGUGGAGCUUAGUCGUGGGACUUCAACAGCUAGUGGAUUUAGAGGCCGUGAGCAGCGGAGGUUCACGCCUGGGAUAAAUAUUUCAAGCCGUCAAGAUUUUAAGAAUCGCUCUGGAGGCCAAGCAUCGAGGAACGUGAGUUAUGGUAGUGUUUUUCAGAGACAGAGCCAGAGAAUACCUAGUCAACCCAUUAGAUCAACAGUAAGAUCGCAACCAGGUCAAGAGUCCAUUACUAGUACCGUCAGGCGAAUACCAUGCACGAGUUGUGGCAGGAACCAUCGGGGUCAGUGUUUGGUAGGUGCCGGUGUAUGUUACCAGUGCGGACAGCCAGGACAUUUCAAGAAAGAUUGUCCGCAGUUGAACAUGACAGUUCAGAGAGAUCAGGGAGUUGGGUCCCAGACAGUUGAGCAAUCGAGAGUUUCAGUGGUUCCAACAGAGGGCACCAGUGGUGCAAGGCAAAAGGGAGUUGUUGGAAGACCGAGGCAACAGGGAAAAGUCUAUGCUAUGACUCAACGAGAAGCAGAGGACGCACCAGACGUUAUUACUGGUACGAUUCUUAUUUGUAAUGUACCUGCAGAUGUUUUAUUUGAUCCAGGUGCUACGCAUUCCUUUGUUUCUAGUAUAUUUCUGACUAAGUUGAAUAGGAUGCUAGAGCCUUUAUCUGAGGGGUUAGCUAUAUACACUCCAGUUGGUGACGUUUUACUUGUUAAUGAGGUGUUACGUAAUUGUGAAGUUUUAGUAGAAGGUAUCAGUUUGCUAGUGGACUUGCUACCACUAGAGUUGCAGAGGUUAGAUGUAAUUUUGGGAAUGGAUUUCUUAUUUGCUCAUUAUGCAUCUAUGGAUUGCCAUAGGAAGGAAGUGGUUUUCAGAAAACCAGGCUUUGCUGAAAUGGUUUUUAGAGGUAUGAGGAAGGCCGUUUCUAGAAGUUUAAUCUCAGUUUUGAAAGCUGAGAAAUUACUGAGGAAGGGUUGCACAACGUUUCUUGCACACAUUGUAAUAGUGCAGAGAGAAAAACUAAAGCCAGAAGAUGUUCCUGUGGUGAAAGAGUUUCUUGAUGUAUUUCCAGAUGAUCUGUCAGGUUUGCCACCUGAUAGAGAGAUUGAGUUCACCAUUGAAUUAUUACCAGGAACAGCACCUAUUUCACAGGCCCCGUAUAGAAUGGCUCCAAGCGAGCUAAAAGAAUUGAAGAUGCAGUUACAAGAACUAGUUGACAAGGGAUACAUCAGGCCUAGUGUUUCGCCGUGGGGAGCACCAGUGCUUUUUGUGAAAAAGAAAGAUGGUACCCUCAGAUUAUGUAUUGACUAUAGACAGUUAAACAAGGUUACAAUACGUAACAAGUAUCCUUUACCACGCAUCGAUGACUUAUUUGAUCAACUAAGGGGAGCAGCGUUGUUCUCUAAGAUUGACUUAAGGUCAGGAUACCACCAGUUGAAGGUUAGAGAAUCAGAUAUUGCUAAGACAACAUUUAGAACGAGGUAUGGGCAUUAUGAGUUUCGAGUUAUGCCAUUCGGUUUAACGAAUGCGCCAGCGGUUUUCAUGGAUCUCAUUAACAGGAUCUUCCAUCGGUAUUUAGAUCAGUUUGUGAUUGUGUUCAUUGAUGAUAUAUUAGUUUACUCAGUUGACAGAGAAUCUCAUGAGGAACAUCUGAGGAUUGUUCUACAGACUCUACGUGAAAAACAGAUAUACGCUAAGUUCAGCAAAUGUGAGUUCUGGUUGGAACAAGUAGUAUUUUUGGGGCAUGUAGUUUCAGCAAAAGGAGUUAGUGUCGAUCCACAAAAAGUAGAAGUGGUUGUCAAUUGGGAAAGACCAAUUAGUGCGACAGAAGUACGUAGUUUCCUGGGUUUGGCAGGAUACUAUAGGCGUUUUAUUGAGGAUUUCUCUCGAUUUGCAUUGCCUUUGACCGCUUUGACAAGGAAGAAUGUUAAGUUUGAGUGGUCAGAUAAAUGCGAGCAAAGUUUUCAGGAAUUGAAGAAAAGACUAGUUACAACACCUAUUUUGGCACUUCCUGUAACAGGGAAGGACUAUCUGAUUUAUUGUGAUGCUUCAAGGCUAGGAUUAGGUUGUGUGCUUAUGCAAGAUGGGAAUGUAAUAGCUUAUGCUUCAAGGCAGUUGAAGGAGCAUGAGUGUAAUUACCCUACCCAUGAUCUUGAGCUAGCAGCAGUUGUUUGAGCACUAAAAAUCUGGAGACACUAUUUGUUCGGGGAAAAGUGCCAUAUUUUCACAGAUCAUAAAAGUCUGAAGUAUAUUUUUGAUCAAAAAGAGCUAAAUCUGAGACAAAGGCGAUGGCUAGAACUGAUUAAAGAUUAUGAUUGUACUAUAGAGUAUCAUCCAGGUAAGGCCAACGUAGUAGCAGAUGCAUUAAGUAGGAAGUCAAGACUUCCGAAGAGUGCCUUGUGUGGUAUUCGAGUAGCUUUGUUGAAUGAGUUAAGAGGUUCCAAGGCAGUAGUAACUACAGAGGAUUCAGGAAGUCUCUUAGCUCAAUUUCAGGUUCGGUUUUCUCUAGUAACUGAGAUUGUAAGAAGACAGUCAGAAGACAGUAAUUUACAGAAGAAGUUUGAGAAAUCCAAGAAAGGCUUAGAGGUGGAGUUUGAGCUAAGAACAGAUGGAGCCAUUGUUAAAAAGGAAGAUUAUGUGUUCCGAAUAUCAGUGAGCUUAAGAAUGCUAUUCUAGAAGAAGCUCACAGUUCAGCUUACGCUAUGCAUCCAGGUAGCACCAAGAUGUACAGAACUUUAAAGAAGACUUAUUGGUGGUCUGGAAUGAAGCAAGAGAUAGCUGAAUAUGUUGAUAGAUGUUUGAUUUGUCAACAGGUUAAACCAGUAAGACAGAGGCCAGGAGGAUUUCUUAAUCCUUUGCCAGUGUCAGAGUGGAAAUGGGAGCAUAUUACUAUGGAUUUUCUAUUUGGAUUACCUCGUACAUCCAGUGGACAUGAUGGUAUAUGGGUAAUAUAGACAGACUCACCAAGACGACACGAUUUAUACCGAUUAAAAUGACAUCUACGUUAGACCAGCUAGCGAGAUUAUAUGUUGAUAAGAUUGUGAGUCAGUAUGGAGUACCAGUGUCCAUAGUUUCAGAUAGGGAUCCGAGGUUUACUUCUAAAUUUUGGCCUAGUUUACAGAAAGCAAUGGGAACAGGGCUAAAGUUUAGUACAUCAUUUCAUCCCCAAACAGAUGGUCAGUCCGAGAGGACCAUCCAAACUUUAGAGGACAUGUUGAGAGCAUGUGUCCUACAACUUAAAGGAAGUUGGGAUACCCACUUGCCACUUAUGGAGUUUGCUUAUAAUAAUAACUAUCAGUCUAGUAUUGGUAUGGCACCAUAUGAAGCCUUAUACGGGAGACCAUGCAGAACUCCUGUGUGCUGGAAUGAAGUGGGAGAGCGGAAGUUAGUUGGUCCUGAGUUGGUUCAGAUUACGACAAACAAUAUUAAGUUGAUCAGAGAAAAUCUGAGGAAAGCCCAAUAUCGACAGAAAAGUUAUGCGGAUAAGCGACGAAGAAACCUAGAAUUCCAAGUUGGAGAUCAAGUUUUCUUGAAAUUAUCUCCAUGGCGAGGUGUUAUUCGUUUCGGAAGAAAAGGUAAGUUAAGUCCUAGAUAUAUUGGGCCAUAUCAGAUAACGGAACGAGUGGGACCAGCAGCGUAUAGACUUGAGUUGCCAAUAGAACUUGCACGAAUACAUGAUGUUUUCCAUGUAUCCAUGUUAAGAAAAUAUAUACCAGAUCCAUCGCAUGUGUUGCAAGAUCAACCAGUUGAAUUAAAAGAAGAUUUGAGUUAUGUUGAAGAACCAGUUCAGAUUCUCGACAGAAAGGAACAAGUUUUGAGAAACAAAACGAUUCCACUCAUAAAGGUUUUGUGGAGACAUCAUGGAGCAGAGGAGGCAACUUGGGAACCAGAAUAUCAGAUGAAGAAGAGCUAUCCGAUACUUUUCAGUUAAGGACAUUCUAAAUUUCGAGGACGAAAUUUUCUAAAGGGAAGAGAACUUCUAAGAGAGAGUUUGGAAGAAGAAGAGAAAUUUUACUAGAAUUUUUAGGUUGAAGAAGAGGAGGAGAACUCAAGCAAAGUGUAUCAAUGGCUGAAUUUUAGUUCAUUCUGCACAUCACUGGUUUUUAAUUCGGUUUGAACUCUUCAAAAGGAAUUAAGAGGUGAGAUUUACAUUUACUGAAAGUUAACUCAUUUUUAAACAAACUUUAUGAAGAACGUUGGAGCAAAUUCGGAUAUUCAUUUGGUGCUUUUUGAUGAAGAAAACAGGGCAGUUGGUUUUCACUCGAAAUCAGGAGGUCUCUGGUUUUUCUUGUAUUUCAGAGUGUAUCGGUGGAGUUAGAAUCUCUAUUUGGAACAAGUUAAAGAGGUCGUGUGCGCGCGAUUCUGGAAGUGGUUCUGUUUUGAGGGUUAUAUGUGUUUAUGCACGGGGAAUCAGAUUUAUAUGUCUUCAGGUAGAGAUCGACUUCCCGAUGCCUGAUAGACUGCCUUUGUCUGCGGAAGCUUCAUUAUCGAUUGCCAGUACGUGUUUUGAGUUGGGCAUAAAGUCUGUUGUGUUGUGAUGUAUUCACACCCUUGUAUGUUAUAGAUACUCCACAGUUUGUAUAAGCUUUAGGAGCUGUAGUUGUGUAAAUUUUGUUGGUUAUAUUUUGAUUAAGGUGUCUUUAGGUUUACUUGUGAAAUCGGUAAAUUUUGAGGUACACUUCAUGUAUGUGUUUGACUAGCUGUGUUUGACUAGCCUAGGAUCCGCUGUGUUUUGUGGCAUGUACAAUAGUUUAUAUACUAGAUUGGCAAGUUCAUCACAUGAAAGUUUUAAGCAGAGUCGACAGAUACAGGUACAGAAAAGCGUUGUUCGUCAGCUUCACGCCAUCUUUCGGUCUAAGGUAGCAGGUAGUCCGGGAGGGGGUGUGACAGGGGACCUCUGUUAGAGAACAUGUCCUGGACAUGAUGAUGCACUUCAAUAUUGCUGAAGUAAAUGGAGGUGCCAUCGAUGAGACUAAUCAAGUUAGCUUUAUCUUAGAGUCUCUUCUGAAGAGUUUUAUACUAUUUCAGAGGAAUGCGUCCUUGAAUAAGAUAGAGUUUAACUUGAUAACCCUUCUGAAUGAACUCCAGCGUUUCUAAAAUCUUACCAAAGGUAAAGGAAAAGAAGUAGAAGAAAAUGUUGCUACUAUAAAAGGAAAAUUAAAAGAA